AUGAGGCCGUCAACCCUUCGUGCCAUCAACCGCGCAUUGUCCGGCAAUGGCGCCCGGCCAUAUUCCUCCUCGGCCUCACCCAGGCAUCUCAUGUCGAUAGCCGACCUGACGCCCGCGGAGCUGACAACCCUCGUUCGUUCCGCCGCCGCUCACAAGCACGCCGUCAAGUCGGGAGCGGGUGCACCGCUUCAUCUGGCCCAGUCUCUCACUGGCAAGACCGUUGCCAUGAUGUUCAGCAAACGCAGCACCCGUACCCGCGUAUCUACGGAGGCUGCGGUUGCCAUGAUGGGCGGGCAUCCCAUGUUUCUGGGCAAGGACGACAUUCAGCUUGGCGUGAACGAGUCCCUCCUAGACACAUCAACAGUGAUCUCUUCUAUGACCUCGUGCAUGGUUGCCCGUGUCGGGCCCCACUCAGACGUGACCGGUCUGGCCCAGCACUCGUCCGUCCCCGUCAUCAACGCCCUGUCGGACGAUUUCCACCCUCUUCAGACCAUCGCCGACUUCCUGACCAUCCACUCCCACCACCCCUCCUCCACCCCGGGGUCCCUAGGCCUCGAGGGUCUCAAGAUCGCCUGGAUCGGCGACUCCAACAACGUCCUGUUCGACCUGGCUCUCGGCGCCGCCAAGCUCGGCUGUCACGUUGCCGUGGCCUCGCCCACCGGCUACGGCAUCCCUGAAAAAAUGAGGACGCUGAUCCAGUCCGCCGCGAAAGCCUCGGGCGCCGGCGGCUCCCUGUCCGAGACCACCGUGCCUGAGGAGGCCGUCAAGGACGCCGACAUACUCGUCACCGACACGUGGGUGUCGAUGGGCCAGGAGGCCGAGGCCAAAAAGCGCCUCGCCGCCUUUGCCGGCUUCCAGAUCACAAACGACCUUGCCAAGCGCGGCGGCGCCAAGUCCGGUUGGAAGUUCAUGCACUGCCUGCCCCGCCACCCAGAGGAGGUCGCCGACGAGGUCUUCUACAGCCCUAGGUCGCUGGUCUUUGAGGAGGCUGAGAACAGGCUGUGGGCUGCUGUCGCUGCCCUGGAGGCAUUUGUGGUGAACAAGGGGAAAAUCUGA